CACCAAUACAAUAGAAAGGUGUAUCAUUUUAUCAUUUUUACCCUUAAACGCAUUAAAAUGCCGCACACUUGGCUAGCCGAGGGCGUUCGUCAUUAUGGUCCUAACGCCGUCCCCCAUCCUGCAGCCAGUCACCGCGUCUCUCAGUAAAUGCAGUCGUGUAUCGGACAGUUUUCCAGACAUUACCGAACAACGACUAAUGUGUUUCAGAGAUAAAGAUGGCCUCUCCUCAGCCUGGCAGCCCACCUCCUGCAGAGCAGAUAAAACAGGAUAAAGAGAGCCAGGAAGAUGAGGCAGAGUCAGAGGACCAGCCUGUGAAGAAACGUGGUCGAGGAAGGCCUCCAAAAGCCAAAGCUCCCUUUCAAUGCUCUACAUGCCCAAAGGCUUUCAGGAUCCGAUCAGCGCUGCAGAGACACGAGCUUGCGGCACAUGCGACGGACCAUGAGCAGCAACACGCCUGCUCUCAGUGUACCAAAACAUUCACCAGCAAGGCUCAGCUCUCGAAGCAUGAGCGCACUCACUCGUCCCAGCGCCCCUUUCAGUGUCCCAACUGUCACAAGGCUUACAAGACCCCCACGGAGCUACGCAACCAUAGCCGCUCUCACACUGGGGAGAAACCGUUCAUAUGCACAGAGUGUGGGAAGGCCUUCAUGCAGGCGAUAUGCCUGAGGAUCCAUAUGACACAGCACAGUGGAGCGCGUCCUUACUGUUGUCGUCAGUGCUCUAAGAGCUACCCCACCCUCUCCAAACUGAAGGUGCACAUGCGCUCUCACACUGGAGAAAAGCCCUACUUCUGCGCCGAGUGUGGUAAGAGUUUUGCCGAUCCCUCUGUGUUCCGAAAACAUAGGAGGAACCACCAGGGCCAUCGGCCAUACGCCUGUGACAAGUGUGGGAAAACGUACACAGAGUUUAAGGACCUGAAAAACCACGAGCGCUCCCACACUGGAGAAAAGCCAUACCUGUGCUCUGACUGUGGAAAAGCCUUCUCUCGCUCCUCCUCUCUGGCCUGUCAUCAGCGUAUUCACUCCCAGAAUAAACCGUAUCAGUGUGAGCAGUGUGGCAAAUGCUUCACCCAGCUUUCCUCCUACCAGCCUCAUCUCCGCACUCACUCUGGCGAGAAGCCCUUCCUCUGUCCACAGUGUGGCAAGAUGUUUUCUGACCCGUCCAGUUUCCGUCGCCACCAGCGAGCACACUUGGGUUUCAAGCCCUAUCCCUGCGAUAAGUGCGCCAAAAGGUUCCGGCAGCCGGCUGAUCUGGCUGUGCAUGAACGUGUUCACUCUGGAGAGCGGCCUUACAAGUGCCAGAGCUGUGACAAGGCCUUUGUGGCGUCUUGGGAUUUGCGGCGCCACAUGCUUGUCCACACAGGACUCAAGCCUUUUUCUUGCACCGAGUGUGACAAGUCAUUUGCAGAGCGCUCCAGUCUCAACAAGCACCGGCGUGUGCACUCCGGAGAAAGGCCUUUCAAAUGUAAGGAGUGUCAGAAGUCAUUUGUUGUGUCCUCCAGCCUGCGCAAACAUGAGAAAACUCACCUAGCUGAGCAGACUGAGCAGCAGCAGCAGCAGCAACAGCAGCAACAACAACAGGAGACAGAAGCAGGAUCUGCUUCAGGCUUUACAACCCACACAACUCUCCCUCAGUUCUCUUGUACACAUUGUGAUGCUACAUUUGGAACCUGGGAUGAAGUUCAGACCCAUGAAAGUCUUCACUCCAUGGACGCCACCGCUCCGACUGUUACCAAACUUGUGCCGCUGUGCUCGCACGUCUGCGAAACCUGCCAGGCAGAGUUUGCACAGCUGGCAGAUUUACAGGAGCACGAGAAGCAGCAUCCCAAACCGAGGCCUCACGUCUGCACGAGCUGUGGCAAAGGCUUCCUCAACAAAUCUGGACUACGGAAACACCAGAAGAUCCACUCCACCAAUAAACCUCACAGCUGUUCCCACUGUGGCAAAGCCUUUCUGUUUGCUGCCUACCUUCGCAAGCACUUACGGACUCACGGAGAUGCUUCACAACCCGCCCAACACAUCAGUGACCUACACAUUAUUCACACAGACCCACUUCCUUCCCCUCCGCCACCAAGCGAGGAUUCCCCCUCCACGGUUGAAGCCAGCGCCGUUCCCCUGACGGUUCCUGUACCUGUACCUGCGUCUGCCUUUCAGACUCUGCCAGAGUACCUGGUGAAGGAAGAGGGACUUUGAAGGUUUUCAGAACUUUGAUUCACAAAUAUUUAGCCAGUGACCUUAAAUCUUUUGUGAAGAAAAAAAAAAAAAAGGAAAGCACAGACUGUUUUGUGAGAUGUUACAUAUUUUGUCCAUAUUUAAAAACAUACAACUAUAUAAGUAGCUUAUUAAGGAACUGAUUUUUAUGUUGUAAUCUUACAAACAUACAGUAUGUCAUCACUGUAAAAUCUCACUUGAAUCAGUAGGCAAGCCCGUUUUUAUUGCAUUUUAACGUCUUAAAGGCUUUUUCAUUUCAUUAUUAUUUUUUCAUGUCCUGAUCAUUUUUAGUUGUUUCUUUGUAUAAAAUAUGUAAUUUUCCCCGUCUAGAGUGGCAUUCCGUAGUAUUUGUGGAAUCCAGUUUUUUUUGUACAAAUGAAAAUGUCUAUGUGCAAAAAAAGUGACAGUAAGAUGUUUUGCUUCCCGAUAUUAAAAACUAACCUAAUAAUGAAUGAAAACUCUCGUGUUUCCCAUGAAUGACAGUAGUACCUUUUUAAAUUCAGAACAUCAAGAAUCAUUUGAAACCAUGCUCACACACACGCGUGUUUCCACUGGCUCUACUCGCCUCACCUCUGCACGGCACGGUUAAGCUGUGUUUCCACUAGCAGAGUACCUUUAGUACCUGCUCUGACUGGCGGCCACUGAUUGGUCAGAGUGGUCACAGGAAGGGACGUCCGACGCAAGAAUCAAAGCUGAACAAUGCUGAACUGUAGAUCAGUUUAAAAAAGACUUAACAAUCCUAAAAAACGUGGGUUCAUCUCCAACAAUUACCUCGGAAAUGUCUAAAAUCUCAAUAUUUAGGAGUCUGGUGAUCGCGAGCGGAAAUCUCAAACCCUGCCACUGUAUUUGAGUCCAGUGACUGGGUCAGAUGGAGUCUAACAAAUAUUUUUAAUUAACUUCUUAAUUAAUUAGCUUCUAAUGAUUCAGUUACACUUUUUUUGUAGUGGAAAUGCAAACUAAGCCGUACCAUGCCGAGGCGAGGCGAGCCGGGACCAUAGUGGAAAAAGGCCAUUCGACUUUGGCAUGAGUAAAUGAGUGGUUUUCUUGAUUCGAUCUGACCUGAUCUG